CGCAUCCCAGACCAUGUCCCCGGCGCAUGAGCCGAAAAAAGGCUGGAUUACCUCUUUCGUGACAGCGGUGUGCAUACCUCGUCGCAGAAAGCCACAGCAGCUAGGGUAAGGCGCGACCGUUUACGCGUGCACAAUCGCAUCGAAAGAACAGGAACAAUUGCGAUGUGGUCGUGCACCUCCCCGCACUCCGUGCGCUGUAUAAGAUCUCAGCUCGCCCACAUGUGUAAGCUUGGUCUGCCACACGAAUACCAUACAACAGACAGUAGUCGACCUUCGUUAAAGAGCUCUUGAUAAGCAGCGCGAUCAGUGGCAGAGCUCAUCAUCUGGCUGGCUUUCAUCAAUCCGUGAAUCCCUGAUCACCACAGGCGAAGCUCCGUCCAUCCCCCUCAACUACAAAUCUAUCGACAUGGACUCUCAAUCAUUCGAUUACUGGAUGUCGCAAAGCCGCUAUAUCCCGCCACAACACCAGCAUGCCCCUCUUUAUGAUGGUCCGCCGGAGAUGUCGAAAGUACCUAGCUUGAGUGGCUCGCCAGUGUCCUCAACAUGCGAUCAAUUUCCUGCGCCACUGCACCAGGCUUAUUACCCCCAAUUUGUCGAUGAGCCAAUGCACUUUAUAUUGCCAAUGACACCUUCAGAGUACGGAUCCGACCACGACAGCCCCUACUGCAGUCCGCGACCCAUGCAACAAGUCGAACCCGUGUAUAUGACUGGCUCCGCGUCAUUUCCUGCCGAAAGGACCCACACUACAUCAGGGCGUCGACGAGCACAAAAUCGUGCAGCCCAGCGCGCUUUCCGCGAACGAAAGGAGAAGCAUGCCCGUGAUCUCGAAGUCCAACUCUCAGCAAUGACCGAGAAGUACAACAAACUCGAGCUGUCGCACACCGAACUGAAUGCCGCAUGCGAAAAACUUCGAAUGACCAUUGAACUACUUACUCAAGACGAUGACACAGAGGGCGAAGACGAGGAUAGCAAGACAAUCAAGCGCAAGAGCAGUGGCUCAGAUACUUUGCGAAAGCUACUCGAGAUACUACAUGGAGAGAUCAAGGGUGUUACUCCUGUCAAACCAGAGUUGGCAUGAAGGUGCCUCUGUCCUCUUUCUGUUUGUACAUUCCAUACUCAUCUCAUCCAAGAUAUCUGGAUAUCACAACGUUACAAAGAUAUUACUCUGGGCCCAUACUGCGGCAUUAUAGACGGACACCCAGAUGGAUUAUGAAUUACGACGGGUGGUAUUUUGCUUUUGCACCACUCUGACCUCUUCCUAGUUCUUGAAGGAAGCAUGACGAAGAUUGCAGAUCGCCGCAGGCAGCGGCUUCAUUUAGUAUCAGGACACCAGGCAGUUUGCUCAUACUUAAUAACACUGUGAUGAUCAGUC